AUGCCAACUGAACGUGAGUAUCACAGAAGUAGUGCUAUAGAUGACCUCGACGGUGUCGAGGAUACCGAGGAUAUCGAAGAUACGGAGAGCACAGAUGUUGGUGAGAGAGAUGAAGAUGAUGAGAACGAGAAGAGCGAAGAUACAGAUGACACAGAUGACACAGAUGGCGAUAUUGACCACCGAACGAAAAGAAGAAGGAUAGAUAGCGGAGAGGUCCAUGUUUACGGUCAUCGUGAUGAUGGGGAUUCAGACACGGACGCUUCAAUACAACUUGUGGCAGAAAGGGAAGUUUCUGAGGAAGAAGAGGGGGAGGAGGAUUUGGAUCUACUGCAGGCUUUGGAGGAGUCUCAGCAAAGAAAUCCUCAUUACUAUGUGGGGCAAGUUGAAAGAGAGACUAGUGCCGCAGAAGCGGGACAUGAAAUCACCGCAGAUACGACUGCUGCAGCUCCAAUGGCUGCUACAAGUGGAAUCCAGGCCGUUUCGGAGACUACACCGUACCCAGAAACUAUAGAUUUGGAGGCAGAGGUCGCCGAGCAACAAGUAGUGGAGGUACCUGAAAGCGAAAUUCUAACUGAGGCGCCCACAAUCACUCCAACAGUUCACAAGUCAGUAAAGGAUUAUCGAUGUCCUAUUUGCUUUGAACCUCCCGAUACAGCUGUCAUGACACCGUGUGGUCACGUGUUCUGUCUUGGAUGUCUGUUUCAGAUGGUAAAUAGUUCAAGAACUCACAGAAGGUCCGGUCAUUGUGCUCUAUGUAGAACUGAAGUGAAGCUGCGUGAUGUUAGAAUGAUCGUAUUGCGGAAGAAUAGAGUGAAAAAGGAGCAGUAG